AUGUGUGAAAAAUCGAAACUCUAACUCAACUGAGUGUUGGUCAAAGAAGGUGUGUCCUGCUUCCCAUGACAGGUUGCUCAGAGACUGCUGAUUUCCACCCCUAUAUAAAGAGAGUCCCCGGCAUACAGGGACUGCUGUGCUCCAGGCGUCUGCCACCAUGUGGGUACUCACACCUGCUGCUUUUGCUGGGAAGCUCCUGAGUGUGUUCAGGCAACCUCUGAGCUCUCUGUGGAGGAGCCUUGUCCCGCUGUUCUGCUGGCUGAGGGCAACCUGGCUGCUAGCUUCCAAGAGGACAAAGCAGCAGCUGGUCUGGAGAGAGCCAGAUGAGACCAAAGAGGAGGAAGAGGACCCUCCUCUGUCCACCACCCCAACCAGCGUCAACUAUCACUUCACUCGCCAGUGCAACUACAAAUGCGGCUUCUGUUUCCACACAGCCAAAACAUCCUUUGUGCUGCCCCUUGAGGAAGCAAAGAGAGGAUUGCUUUUGCUUAAGGAAGCUGGUAUGGAGAAGAUCAACUUUUCAGGUGGAGAGCCAUUUCUUCACGACCGGGGAGAAUACCUGGGCAAGUUGGUGAAGUUCUGCAAAACAGAGCUGCAGCUGCCCAGCGUGAGCAUCGUGAGCAACGGAAGCCUGAUCCGGGAGAGGUGGUUCCAGAAUUAUGGUGAAUAUUUGGACAUUCUCGCUGUCUCCUGUGACAGCUUUGAUGAGGAAGUCAAUGUCCUUAUUGGCCGUGGCCAAGGAAAGAAGAACCACGUGGAAAACCUUCAAAAGCUGAGGACGUGGUGUAGGGAUUAUAGAGUCGCUUUCAAGAUAAAUUCUGUCAUCAAUCGUUUCAACGUGGAAGAGGACAUGACGGAACAGAUCAAAGCACUAAACCCCGUCCGCUGGAAAGUGUUCCAGUGCCUCUUAAUUGAGGGUGAGAAUUGUGGAGAAGAUGCUCUAAGAGAAGCAGAAAGAUUUGUUAUUGGUGAUGAAGAAUUUGAAAGAUUCUUGGAGCGCCACAAAGAAGUGUCCUGUUUGGUGCCUGAAUCUAACCAGAAGAUGAAAGACUCCUACCUUAUUCUGGAUGAAUACAUGCGCUUUCUGAACUGUAGAAAGGGACGGAAGGACCCUUCCAAGUCCAUCCUGGAUGUUGGUGUAGAAGAAGCUAUAAAAUUCAGUGGAUUUGAUGAAAAGAUGUUUCUGAAGCGAGGAGGAAAAUACACAUGGAGUAAGGCUGAUCUGAAGCUGGAUUGGUAGAGCGGAAAGUGGAACGAGACUUCAACACACCAGUGGGAAAGCCUCAGGAGUGACUGCCAUUGUCUGCAGUGCUAUCCCGUUGGUAUUUCCCAGUGGCUGAAAACCUGAUUUUCUGCUGCACAUGACAUCUGAUUACCUGUGGUCACUGAACACAUAAAUAACUUGGAUAGCAAAUCCUGAGACAAUGGAAAACCACGAACUUUACUUCAUUGACUUAUAACCUUGUUGUUAUUGAAACAGCACUUCUGUUUUUGAGUUUGAUUUAGCUAAAAAGAGGGAAUACACACAGGAAUAAUGGCCCCAAAAAAGCUUAGACAAGGUCCCUAUACACAGGACCUGACCUUUAGCUCAAUGGUGCAUUUGUAAGAAAUAAGCUCUAGUGAUAUCUGUGGGGGCAAUAUUUAAUUUGGAUCUGACAUUUUAAACAAUGUUUACUGUGAUUUCUGUAUUUCCAUUUUAAAGCCAUUUCUUGUUCCAGGUUUGUUCGUUUGACAGAGUCAAUAUUUUUUGCUAAAUAUCCAGAUACCAGUUUUCACAUCUGAGACAUUAUGAAAUAUCUGCUUUAAUUAUUUCUGCUGGUUAUAAUGCUUUUUUUUUUUUUUUUUGGCUUUUAUGCCAUUGCAGUCUUGUACUUUUUACUGUAAAGUAUAGAAAUAGUCAACAGAUGUUUCCAAGAAUGUAUGAUAUGAUAAUCCUACCAAUUUUCAAGAAGUCCCUAGAGGAGAUAACACAUAUUUACAUGUGGUGCAGCCCUGCGCAUGGUGGCUGUUCCGUGAAUGCUGGCUACCUAUAUAUGUGUGGUACCUGUUGUAUUCCUUUCUCUUCGAAGAUCCUGAGCAAAACCAAGAUACGCUUUCCAUUUGAUGAUGGCGUUGACAUGGGAGCAGUGCUUGUACUGCUUUGUUCACCUAUCAUUUGGCCACAUGAGGCUGUCAGGCAAAAGAAUAGGAGUGUAGUUGAAUAGCUGGUUGUCCCUACGUUUCUGAGAGGUGACGGCACACAGGAUUGGCAUAAGAUAUCCUAAAAUCACGCUGGAACCUUGGAUGAAGAAGAAUGUGAGCAAGAGCAGAGAGAGUGCCUGGAUUUCAUGUCAGUGAAUCCAUGUCACCAUAUCAUAUUUUUGAAUGAACUCUGAGUCAAUUGAAAUAAGGUACCAUCUAGUUCAGUUUAAGAAGAGUCAGCUCAGAGAAAGCGAGCAUAAGGGAAAAUGUCACGUAAACUAGAUCAGGGAACAAAAUCCUCUCCUUGUGGAAAUAUCCCAUGCAGUUUGUUGAUAUAACUUAGUAUCUUAUUGCCUAAAAAAUAAUUUCUUAUCAUUGUUUCAAAAAAGCAAAAUCAUGGAAAAUUUUUGUUGUCCAGGCAAAUAAAAGGUCAUUUUAAUUCAGCUGCAAUUUCAGUGUUCCUCACUAGGUGGCAUUUAAAUGUUGCCUGAUGUCAUUAAACACCAUCCAGAAAUUCUGCUUCAUAAUCUGUUCUCAAGACUUGGUGAUUUUGAAAGUUUUGGCUUUUGUGACUUUGUUUCUCAGAAAAAAAAAAUAAUCCUACUUAAAUUUUAAGUCACUAUAAUUCAAUUUAAAUAUGUGCGUGUCUCAUCCAGGAUAGGAUAGGUUGUCUUCUAUUUUCCUUUUUACCUAUUUACUUUUUUGUUAGAAAAGAGAAAAAUGAAUUAUAAAGCUGUUCCCCAUGAGUUUUGAUUGUAUCUAAGCUAUGAUGACCUUCAUAUAAUCAGCAUAAACAUAAAAUAAAUUUUGUACUUAACAUGAGUGCACUUUGCUGAUCCUUAUGGCACGGUGGCUCACGCCUGUAAUCCCAGCACUUUGGGAGGCCGAGGUGGGUGGAUCACGAGGUCAGGAGUUCGAGACCAGCCUGGCCAACAUGGUGAAACCCCGUUUCCACUAAAAAUACAAAAAUUAGCCAGGCAUGGUGGCAUACACCUGUGAUUCCAGCUACUCAGAAGGCCCAGGCGGGAGGAUUGCUUGAACCUGGAAGGCAGAGGUUGCAGAGCUGAGAUAGUGCCACUGCACUCCAGCCUGGGUGACAGAGCAAGACUCCAUCUCAAAAAAAGAAAAAAAAAAAGCAAGAGUUUAACAAAGAAGGGUCACAUGUGUGAAAGCCCCAAGGACACUGUUUGAUAUACAGCAGGUAUUCAAUCAGUGUUACUUGAAACCAAAUCUGAAUGUGAAGUUUGAAUCUUCUGAGUUGGAGUGAAUUUUUUUCUAGCUGAGGGAAACUGUAUUUUUCUUUCCUUAAAGAGGAAUGUAAUGUAAAAUAAAAUAAAACUAUAAGCUAUGUUAAAUACA